GUUCGAACCACAGGCCUCUCCGACUCUCCGACUGGCUUGACAGUAGGUAGAGAACUUGAUGCGGUACUAUCGCGUUCUUCUCUCUACCUCCGAUUGGCCCACCUACAAUCCGACGAUUAUUUACCACGAUAUUCGUUAACUUUUCCCCUCCCACCCGUGAGCCCCCUCGUCAAGUUCGAUGAAACGUUGAAUCGCAUCCGUCGCGGAGGAGAAUCCUUGCAUUUUCACAAAAACAAAAAGAAAUAUAAGAAAAAACCCCUCCACGAUUGGGGAAUUUCGUGAACGCGUGAGUGCGUGUGUGUGUGUGCGUGCAUGAGUGUGUGCGUGUGUUUAGUGUGAGGUAACAAGGAAAAAGUUGGCUUUUUUCCUCUUUUUCUACAUUGAACGAGGAGAGUCAAAAAAGAAAUUAUGAUGGAGACGCCGCGGGAACGUGAAAUCGCUGCCGAAGACAGUAUCAAAGUUGUCUGCCGAUUUCGGCCUCUCAAUGACUCCGAAGAAAGGGCUGGCUCGAAAUUUGUCGUCAAGUUCCCGUCGGGGGGCGAGGAGAACUGUAUUUCCAUCGGGGGCAAGGUGUACCUCUUUGACAAAGUAUUCAAACCAAAUGCAACACAAGACAAGGUAUACAAUGAAGCUGCAAAGUCCAUCGUCACUGAUGUCCUGGCAGGUUACAAUGGAACGAUUUUUGCAUACGGGCAAACUUCGUCAGGUAAAACGCACACGAUGGAAGGUGUUAUAGGGGAUCCGAAUAAGCAGGGAAUAAUACCAAGAAUCGUCAACGAUAUUUUCAAUCACAUUUAUGGCAUGGAAGAGAAUUUGGAAUUUCACAUCAAAGUAUCGUAUUUCGAAAUCUACAUGGACAAAAUCAGAGAUUUACUCGAUGUAUCGAAGGUGAAUUUGAGCGUGCACGAGGACAAAAAUCGUGUGCCUUUCGUCAAGGGUGCAACUGAGCGAUUCGUUUCAAGUCCCGAGGAAGUAUUCGAAGUAAUAGAAGAAGGAAAGUCGAAUCGUCACAUAGCUGUGACGAAUAUGAACGAACACAGUUCAAGAUCGCAUUCGGUAUUUCUGAUAAACGUUAAACAAGAAAAUUUAGAAAAUCAGAAGAAACUCUCGGGCAAACUGUACCUCGUCGAUUUGGCUGGUUCGGAAAAGGUUUCAAAAACUGGAGCCGAAGGAACCGUUUUGGACGAAGCAAAAAAUAUCAAUAAAUCUCUUUCGGCUCUUGGUAACGUUAUUUCGGCUCUUGCGGAUGGCAACAAGACUCACAUACCAUAUCGUGAUUCAAAACUCACGAGAAUUUUGCAAGAAUCUUUGGGUGGUAACGCUCGGACUACUAUCAUCAUUUGUUGCUCCCCAGCAAGCUUCAACGAAUCCGAAACCAAGUCAACGUUAGAUUUUGGUAAACGUGCAAAGACGAUUAAGAACGUAGUUUGCGUGAACGAGGAGUUGACUGCUGAAGAAUGGAAACGUCGUUAUGAGCGUGAGAAAGAAAAAGCGGCACGAUUUAAAGGGAAGGUGGAAAAGCUUGAAGCGGAAUUGGCACGCUGGCGUCAAGGCGAAACUGUUAAGCCUGAGGAGCAAGUUAAUCUCGUUGAAGUUUCGGAAGUCAUUACCCCUGUGGUCCCUCCGCCCGAAGGUGCCGUCGAAGAAGGACCGAUGCCCGCGAUACCAGGAGGUGGCCUAAUGGCUGGUUCUCUCUCGAACGAAGAGCGACAAAAAUUAGAGGAAGAACGCGAACGCUUGUACCAACAGCUGGAUGAUAAGGACGAGGAAAUAAACCAACAAUCGCAAUACCUCGAGAAGUUGAAGGAACAACUUGAGGAACAGGAGGAACUCAUAGCUAGCGCUCGAAGAGAUUAUGAGCAAUUGCAACAGGAAAUGAGUACGAUAAAUCUCGAGACUGAGAGCGCCAAGGAAGAAGUCAAAGAAGUUUUACAAGCUCUAGAGGAGUUGGCAGUGAAUUAUGAUCAAAAGUCGCAAGAGGUUGAAAUAAAAAACAAAGAGCACGAGGCAUUGACGGAGGAAUUGUUGGCGAAACAAGCCGCUCUAAACACAACUGCAUCAGAGCUACAACAACUGCGAGACAUGUCAGCACACCAGCGCAAAAGAACAGCUGAAAUGCUCUCGAACUUGCUCAAAGAUUUGGGUGAAAUUGGAGUCGCGAUCGGCGGAGAUGAGAACCUCAAAGUAACUCCAGACGCGAACGGCAAACUUGAGGAAGAAUUUACUGUAGCGAGGCUUUACAUCAACAAAAUGAAAUCUGAAAUCAAGAAUCUUGUGCAGCGCUGCUCAGGAUUGGAGACUUUGCAGACUGAUUGCAAUAAGAAGGUGUCUGAGUACGAGAAAGAUCUCGCUGACUGCAGAUUGCUGAUCUCUCAACACGAAGCGCGUAUGCAAACGCUCUCGGAAUCGAUGAAAGAAGCUGAGGCCCGAAAACGAACACUUGAGGAGGACGUUGAUGCUCUGCGUGAAGAGUGCGCUAAGCUCAAAGCUGCGGAACAGGUGCAAGCUGUUACGAAUAAAGAAAAAGCUGAGGAAAAAGAAGCUGCCACGAAGAUGCGAGUGGCUUUGGAAGAACAAAUGGACCAUUUGCGCGAUGUUCAUCAGAAACAAGUCGCUGCGCUUAGGGACGAGAUAUCCGAAAAGCAAGAAGCGAUAAACGAGCUCAAAGAUUUGAACCAGAAAUUCACUCUUGCUCAUCAACAAAUGCAGGCUGAUUAUGGUCGUCUAAAACAAGAAGAGGCUGACAAAUCUGUGAAACUUCAAGAACUCAUUCUGAUGAACGAACGUCGUGAACAGGCAAGGAAAGAUCUCAAGGGACUCGAAGAUACUGUCGCUAAGGAACUACAAACUCUGCACAAUUUACGCAAAUUAUUCGUUCAGGAUCUUCAAGUGAGAAUCAAGAAAUCAGCAAACGCCGAAGACAACGAAGAUGACGGUGGUUCACUCGCGCAAAAACAGAAAAUUUCAUUCCUCGAAAAUAAUUUGGACCAACUUACAAAGGUUCAUAAACAGCUGGUUCGUGACAAUGCUGAUUUGAGAUGUGAGUUGCCCAAACUGGAGAAAAGAUUACGUGCUACAAUGGAACGCGUUAAAGCUCUUGAAAUUGCUUUGCGAGAUGCCAAAGAAGGUGCAAUGCGUGAUCGCAAACGUUACCAAUACGAAGUUGAUAGAAUUAAGGAAGCUGUCAGACAGAAAAAUCUGGCACGACGUGGUCCUAGCGCCCAAAUUGCUAAGCCAAUUCGCGCUGGCCAACAUAACGUAAGCGGAGUCAAUGCUAUGAGAACUGGAAAUCGAGAUGUGGAUUGUCACGUUCCGCGGUCGUGAACGUAAACCGAAAAGUAAAAAAAAAAAUACUCUUCAUCCCCUUUUUUUACAGAAAACGAACGGAAGAGAGCUUUUCUCGACGAACAAAAAAGAUUUUCAAAUAUGAAUUUAAUUUAUAACUCUUUCGUAUAAAUACAAAGAAAGAAACAGAAAAAACGAUGAAGGAAAGAACACACACAAAUACACUGAAUGAAAAAAAAAACAAACAAAAAUCAAUACGGUAUUUGCAUAAGGGUAAUAGACGUAUUAUAUAUUCGCAAAUGAUGCACCAUCCGUUAUCUUUUUAUUAAGAGAAAACAAACAAAAAAUCACGCAUUCGCUUAGGUAAACGGCUAAGAUCCAAUAUAAAUAUUGUAUCGUGUAAUACUGCAUGUCUUAUCGAUUUGUAAAUAGUUGAUUUUUAUAAAUUAUUUAAUUUAAAAAAGGAAGAAAAAGAAAACGUGAAGAACAAGAGCAAGUGAGCGAGAACCGAGAAAUUGAAAAUAAAAGCAGAAAAAUCCUCCUUUUUUCUCCACUUUGUAACAGAAUUCGAGGCGAUUACUUAAUUCAAUUUAUGAGGUAUUUCUGCAACUGUAAUCGUUUCUCAAACAGACUGGACAGCGAAAAAAUAUGAAAACGUAAAUUUAUGAACAAAUGUAAGAGGCGUAUCAUUUGAACGUAAAUUCACGACAGAAAUGAUCCUUUUCGGUUUCAAUAACCGAACAAUUGUUGUUGUAAAAUAGAUUAUGCGAUUCGAUGAACGUUAAGAAGAGCCUAAAACGUCCGUUGCACCGAUAACAAAGCAAAUCCUGAACAACGACGUUUCGUCGAGUCGGCGUACGAAAAAUACAAUAAUUGAGACAAAAAAACCUUCUGCAUAUAUCUUUCUCCGAUCAUUGAAAAUGAGAAAAAAAAACAAAUAUGUACGAUUGGACAUGCAGUUAAUGAGAGAUUGUUUGGAUGAUUGUGGCUUAUGAGUACUUAUUUGUAAUAUCGCGAACGGAAAGAAAACAACAGAAUAGAAAAAGCAAAGUCGAUAUUCACUUGACCAACAGACACUUCACAUUUUUUUGAAUAAUACAAAGCCCAAAACUGAGCGAGAACGGACUCAAAUUCCGCAUCGAUUUGGAGGGCUCGCUUGAUUAAAAAAGUCAAGUGCUUUAGCCUCUCCUUUGUGAUUAAAAGGACUCGAAAUUUGUGAACGUUCUCCUCAAUUUGACGAUUACAUGAAAAUGGGAGUGUGGAAAUUUCAUUGAAAAUAUAACAAAAAGAAAUAAUCUACUCUCGGUACUAUGAUUAAAGUUAAAUGAUCAUCACAUCCGCCUAUCUCAUACCUUCCUGUAUUUAUAAUAAUUUAUGGUAUCUUUUGUCAAUGAAGAACAUGUAGAUUAACAUUUUAUUCUCUGUUUCAUUUUCUUGUUUUUUUCCGUUGAUUAAGCACACUUCGAGCUUCAUCAGAGUACUCGGGACUCAAUUACUAACGCGUGGCCUUAAAUUAUUAGUCGCUUGAUUCUCUCCCGCCAUCAUCAUGAGCGAACGUGUACUUGUUUUCAUUCAGGGUACGAAAUCAUUCGGUUUUUUUUACAUAGGCUUAAGUUCCUCAAAGUGGUGCAAUUGCGAAAUAACAGAAAGAGAAAGACAUGAGAAACAAAAGAAAAGUAAAAUUUAUUUUCUAAUCGGAUCUAAUUCAGAGCUUGAAGCGCAGCUUGAAUAAUCGUGCACUCAGAUGUAAUAACGGCGAAUCGCGUGCGCAUAUAUAAUAUACAUAUAUGAAUAUAUUUAUACGAUUUUUCUUUAUUUGAUUUAUCAUUCUUCAUAACCGUUGAAAUUCGACUUGGAGAAACUUUGUUAUUCGGCUAUAAUAUUAAUAUUUGUGAUCGAAGAAGAGAGAAAUGCGAAUUGUGUCACGCGAAGAAGCGAGCGAGAAUAUAAUAACUGCAAUUUCAAUGUUUCCAUAGCAAUCAUUGUUUUAUUUAACUUUUAUUUUCAGUUGCAUUACGGUUAAACAAAGAUGGAUGGCAAGUUUAGGUAGAAACAAAUUUGCAAUUAUUCUCAUUCAUUUAUACGAGUUAAAAACGCUUGUAUGAAAUAUUUAGUUUAUGUAUUACAAGAAAUAACUAUAAUUCACAUACGACCGCACGGUAUUUCCUUCUUUUACACUUAAUCAUUUGCCUCUUUCAAUCCUUAGUACGUAUUUUCUGUUCCACCCCCCCCCCCCCUCCUUCCUCUAUUUUUCGAAAUUAGCUUUUACGAUACGAAAUUUGCGAAUUCUCGUACAUCUCCCAUUACUGAAAAUAUGCGAGAUUUAAAUCAACGAAAUAUAACUGCUUAUCGUCGAUGACUUGUGAUUCGAUAAUUUUACGGGCGAUUUAUUUUUUGUCCGUCCAAACAUUGUCAUUAGAUUUCGUUGUCUCGGUUGAUUAUAGUGAUUAUCAUUAUAAAACGAUGAAUACAAAUGAAUUAUUCUUAAUUAUUAUAUAUAAAUAAUAACUAUUAAUUUAUUAUUACUAUUAUUAUUAUUAAACAAAGUAAAUGAUCAAUUUGUGAGCCAAGUAUCGCUCCUUUGGCGAAUCGAUGCUAAAGGCAAAGUGGAUACAAACAAGGUCGAAUACUUGAUUGACUGUGCAGUUGAUUCUGUAGAGAAGAAAAAAUCAGUAUUCCCCUGAACGAGUUAGUCCACACUCCAGUAAAUAUUUAUUCUAAUCGUUUAAUAGACCAGACGGCAUUAUUAAUGAAACCUCAUCGUUCUCAUCUUCAUAUUACGUCUCCAAUCGUUUUUUUUCUCAUAUAUAUAUUUGCUAAAAGUCUCUGUGAAUGCUUGCGAGAGAAUGGGAAUAAAUCACAUAAUUGUAGAACAAGAUACGAGUUAUCGUACGUUUAAGGUCGCGGGCUUACCGGGCAUUGUACGCGAAACACAUUUGAAGAGAAAAGGGAAACAAAAAAAAGAAUACAAGAAAGACAAAUAAACGGUGAAGAAAAUGAAAAUUCAUGCGCGCAGCCUCUGUCUAAAUUGCGGAUUUGUGGGGGAAAGAAAAAAUACGAAUGAUGGCUACACUUUGUAUGACUCGAUAACAGCCUCCCUCUAAAGUUUAUAGCGCUGCUGAUAAUAUUAAUAAUGAAAAUAACACGUAAUACUAAAUUACUCUCGUAUUUAAUCACGUUCCCUCCUGGGAAUAAAAUUCAAUGUUACGAAACUUUGAGUGAAACCGGAAAGAGUUUCGAUUAUUUUUCAUAAUACGAAAGCAAAUAGAAAUAAUAAAGGGGGAAAAAACUAAACAAAAGCUGAAAAAAUGCAUCUUCAAUAUUAAUUAAAAAAGUUUAGAAAAUUCAAUAUUAUUUGUGCGCACGAAACAAAAAUGAAAUAUAUAUAUAUAUAAAUUUAUUAGUAACUGAUGAGGAGGUUGAUCUCAAACCGCCGUCUGAGGGGAAGUCUUUUGAAUUUUUUUUUUGUUUCGUUUGACGAAAAUCUAAUAACACAAAUAAAUUUCAUUUUUUGCGGCGAGCCUCGACCGAAUUUUCGAUCUAACGAGAGCGUAUAUUAUCCACUCAAUGUAGAUAGAUGUGUUAUUCACAAUAAAAACAAAACAAAAAAAAAUUGUUCGAACGCUGUCUUGAAAAUAAUACACCUUGCUGAUUUACGUUGCAAUUACAAACAUUUUUAGCAAAUAUUUCUUACGCUUUCGAUAGUGUGUGCCAACGCUUCGAUGUAACGUCAAAUGGAUUCGAACGUAUUUAACAUUUUUUUCAUAAUUUUAGAGCAGUCAAGUAAAUAUUGGAAUAUGUAGAAGGACGAAAAAGUUUCCAUUUUUAUGUCAAUGGAAAAUCCAGAUGAAUCAUAUGACGAUUCGGCCUGCCAAUAAAGCUUGGUUAAAACUCACACAUGACAUGUGUCACACAAAAUUUCCGUACUCAUGCAUUUCUUAUUUUGGGAGUUUAAUAAAUGCGUCAUCGGUAGUGGAA